UUAAAAAAAAGCCUUGAUUAUACACAGAGCAAUUGUCAGAGACUUUUGAACAAAAUUGAAUUCCAGUAGCAAUGUUCAACUCAAGUUGCGCAAUACGCGAACUGGAAGGAAUUUUUACGUUCAGUGUAAAUGUUCUCUCCGCCUUGUUUGGAGGUCUUGGCAACAUCUUGGUAUGUGUUACAGUGUAUUUUAGCCCUCGACUCCACAAAACAUGGUGCUAUUUUAUUUGCAGCCUCUCUGUUGCUGAUCUUCUCGUUAAUCUUGUAGUCCAACCCAUGGAAGCCAUUCUAACGCUGAGCCGUAUGACAGGAGUCUGUCAAGCAAUCAUUCGAGACGCGUUUCGUUUAGCAGCAUAUAUAACGUGCGGCGCUUCCCUUAUGAACCUCGCUUUCAUGAGUGUUGAACGCUUGUUAGCCAUCUCCUGGCCGUUGAGCGAAAGACAGAAGUUAACAAGGAAAAAGAUGUUUGCCAUUCUAUCUGUAAUAUGGGGAAUUCCUUGCGUCUUAGGAAUCACUGGUCACGUUGCAGGAAGGAGCACUAGGCUGUCCUCGAUAUUAAUCCUUAUAGGACUGGCAGGUUGUUACGGGGUUAUAUUGACCAGUUAUGGAAUACUUCUGCUGCGAGCAAGGGCUCAUUUCAAAGUGUCUAAUCGCGUGUCAUCAAUUAUACGGCCGCACGAAAACGAAAACAAACGGCGUGCGACUCCGACUCCCCUCAGUAAAGAUCGUGUUUUCAUGAAGAGAAACGCAAUGGUGAAAAAACGGCAGGAAUCCGAAAAACGUGCGGCCAGGACAGUCGGUGUUGUGAUUGGUGUAUUCACUCUCAGCUGGGUUCCAUACGGGUAUGUUCUCGUGAGUGACCCUGAACAGAAAGUGAAUUCUUUCUAUAUAUGGGCAGUCACGCUUGGAAUGACAAACUCCGCAGUAAACCCUGUGAUUUAUUUCUUUAGUAGCAAAGACUUCAGGGAGAACUCUAAACGGACCUUACGAUCUCUCUUGAAAAUGUCAUGAUUACAUGGAGUCACAAAGACCAUACUGGUUUCCAGAACACUUGGCAUGGUAGCCAUGUUGAUGUUUAAGUCACUACCGUGAAACUGGAACUGA